GGAGGGAAGGAGGGAGGGAGGAUGACAGCGCCGUGAAGAAAAGCAGGGGACCCGCUGCCCUCCCUCCCACCGCACGGCAGGACCAGGCGAGCUCGCCCCGCCGGGCAGGGCCGCCCCAGGCAAGGCUGGCGGAGCAGAGGAUGCCGGGGGGCUAGCCCAGGACACCUCCCAGCGGGCGGGAGGGACGUGUGUGUCCCCCCAUGGAGAUCCGAUGCACUUUGCCCCAGGAUUUCCGGGAGCUGCUGCACUGCCUGAAGAUGAGGAGCAAGUAUGCCAUCCUGCUGUUCUUCGUCAUCGGCCUCUUCAUCAUCGAGAAGGAGAACAACUUCAUCUCCAGGCUGGGCUGGGUCUCCCCGCAGGGUGUCGGACAAGCUGAAGCAGUCCCCACAAGCCCUGAGUGAGGCCAACGGCACGGAGGCCAGCCCGGCGCCAGCCGAGAACGGCUCGCUGGCCUCGCUGCGAGAGCUGGACGCUGCCUUCUCCCAGCUGAGAUCCCGCCUGCGCAACGUUACCCUGCAGCUGGCAGGCGACGGGGACCCCGGGCCACGGCGGCACGUCCUGCUGAUGGCCACCACCCGCACCGGCUCCUCCUUCGUGGGGGAGUUCUUCAACCAGCAAGGCAGCAUCUUCUACCUCUUUGAGCCCCUCUGGCACAUCGAGAGGACAGUGACCUUCGAGCCAGGGGGAGCCAAUGCAGUGGGCUCGGCCCUGGUCUACCGUGACGUCCUCAAGCAGCUCCUCCUUUGUGACCUCUACAUCUUAGAGAGCUUCAUCUCACCGGCGCCCGAGGGCCACCUGACGCCCUUCAUGUUCCGGCGAGGCUCGAGCCGCUCGCUCUGUGAGGAGCCCGUCUGCACACCCAACGCCAAGAAGGUCUUCGAGAAGUACCACUGCAAGAACCGCCGCUGCGGCCCCCUCAACAUCACCCUGGCCGCCGAGGCGUGCCGGCGCAAGCAGCACGUGGCCCUGAAGACGGUGCGCAUCCGGCAGCUGGAGUUCCUGCAGCCGCUGGUGGAGGACCCCCGGCUGGACUUGCGCAUCAUCCAGCUGGUGCGGGACCCCCGGGCUGUCCUGGCCUCCCGCAUAGUGGCCUUCUCCGGCAAGUACGAGACCUGGAAGAAGUGGGCAUCCGAAGGGGAGGCUCCCCUCCAGGAGGAGGAGGUGCAGCGGCUGCGGGGGAACUGCGAAAGCAUCCGUCUGUCGGCCGAGCUGGGGCUGCGGCGCCCGGACUGGCUGCGGGGUCGCUACAUGCUGGUACGCUACGAGGAUGUGGCACAGGCGCCCUUGCAGAAGGCGGAGGAGAUGUACCGCUUCGCCGGGCUGCCCCUCACCGCCCAGGUGGAGGAGUGGAUCAGCAAAAACACGCAGGCGCCCCGCGAUGGCAGCGGCGUCUAUUCCACCCGCAAAAACUCCUCCGAGCAGUUUGAGAAGUGGCGGUUCAGCAUCCCCUUCAAGCUGGCGCAGGUGGUGCAGGACGCCUGCGCACCGGCCAUGCGCCUCUUUGGCUACAAGCUGGCCAGCAGCCCUGCCGCGCUGGCUAACCGCUCCUUCAGCCUGCUGGAGGAGGCACAGCCCUCCUGGGUCACAUAACGGCGGGGGGCAAGGCGGCGCGGGGCAACGAGGGGCCGCAGCCGCGCUCCUGGCUGGCCCAGAGGAGACCUGGAGGUCCCCACUCCCAGAGAUGCUCCUUGCUGCUGCCGGGUGGAAAGUGGCAGCCCUGGGAGCCAGAGCUUCCCAGCAGAGCCGACCUCGGGGUCCCGCAGAGCCCGAAUUAUGCAAUUUCUUUGGAAAUAAGGAAAUCGCAAGGUGAGGGAUGGUGGGGAGUGUGGUGCUGGGGCCACCUCCCCAUCCUGGGGGCUGCACUGAGAAAGAAGAGGGUGAGCGGAGGGUGCUGGGGCCAAGAGCCUCCACGUUGUCCCUGCAGCUAGGACGAGGCAAGGACGAGAGCUCUGCAGUGCCAGCAAGGACCCAGACCCCAGAGGCCUUACUGGUUUAGUGCCUUCAUACUCCAGCACAGACUGGGAACUGCCCCAGAGGCAUGCUGGGGCAGGAGUCGCCCGUGGAACGCUGGCCGGCCCUCGGGCUGCAAUGAAAUGAGGUGACUUGUGGUUUGGCGCGCUUCAAAGUUGGUUUGGGGUUAGUUUCUUCCCCUUUUCUUUUUUUCUUCUCCUUUUUCUGUGUGUAUUUACAUACCAGGGUCGCCAGGUGAAUUUAUUUAUUUAUUACGUGAAAAAGAGGGGGAGGCAGUCAAGGAGCUAAACCCAAAAAAUCAGAGCAGCACAACAUAUCGCAAAGAAACAGAGAGACAGCCAGAGCCGAAGCGGCAGAGGCCAGAUAUCGGCCGUAGACCACCACGUGUCCCCAGGAGAGCCCGCAGGGACCGACGGGUUAUAACCCCCCCCGGACUCCUGGCGUGGAUGGUGCCAGGGCUGCGCUCGCCUCACGCAAGAGUGACUGCGAACCUCGGUGCCCGCUGCAAGGCGGUCGGACUUAUUUAAUUAAAAACAAAAAUACAACAGCUCAGAGUCCAAAGCA